UGUUCUGAAAGUUCAUUCUGUUGGCUUCUCUCUAGCUGUUCAGUUGUGGAAGAGAAGUUCUCUAGUUGGACUGUUACAAGACUUGAAUUUAAAAGAAAAUGAAGAUUGCCAUUGUGCUCAUUGCUUACGCUAUUGGGUUGAUCGAGGCACAAAAUGGUUUGAAAGUUGAUGUAGUUUCUCUUCCCAGUGAUUGCCUGCAGAAAUCGCAAAACGGCGACUUUCUCUCAAUGCAUUACACUGGCACACUAACUGAUGGCAAAAAGUUUGAUUCAAGCUUCGACAGGAACCAACCAUUUCGCUUCCGUCUUGGUUCCGGGCAGGUCAUUAAAGGCUGGGAUUUGGGUUUGACUGAAAUGUGCCCAGGUGAAAAACGCAAGUUAACGAUCCCAAGUGCGUUGGGUUACGGCCAGAGAGGAGCUGGCAACGUGAUUCCAGGAGGUGCUACUCUUUUGUUUGAUGUGGAGCUUGUCAGCAUCAGCAAGUCAUAAAUUGCGUGGCUUCAUAUCUUCAGCCAAUAAGAGAGACGAUAAUGUAGGACGGAUUCGUCACUCCAAUGAAGUUCGCUUUUAAUUGUGAUUUUUCUACCUACAGGGGAAUAAACGCAAUAAACCAUUUUUAUCGUCAUUAAA